AUGUACGAGGCAGACCUAGGUCGGGUCAUGUCUGGAGCGGAGAAGGCUCCCACGGUGGCGGAGGAUGCCGACGCCGCAACGACCGCGACGUACGAGAGGAAGCUACAAAAGUUCCAAGAAAAGAAUGGCAAACUCUACACGCGGCUUCUGCUGGCUACGUCGGACUGCCCGGAAGGAUACUCGAGCCCGGCUUCGCAGGUAGUGCAGUCGUUUGGGCCUGUCGGGGACGAGGAGUUCGGUGACGGUCGAAGUGCUUUUGUAGCGCUCGAGCAAAAGUACCGUGUCGAUGGGACUUUCAGAAUGCAGCAGCUACACGAUGAGUUGGCCGCCGUCGCGGUCACCGCUGCUGACAAGUACGAUCCGGCUCGCGCAAUCCAACAAUUGCGCCGCAUCUUUCACGAACUCGGCAAACUCGGAGACACAGUCGUGAAACAACGGCAAGCACAUGCCAUCCUAAAGGCCCUGCCCGACAAGCAAUACGGCUCGUUCAAGACUGUACUGUUGGUAGAGUCGCCCACUGUUGGUAGCGGUGCGCUAGGCUUCGACGAUAUCGCACGUCGUGCCACACUCUACCACGCAAUGCAAAUUCGCGGAAAAGUGCUCGACCAAGACGAUGGGUCGGGCAGCCACGGCCGUGCGUUGAACACUGUCACGCACGGAGGGGCACGUGGCUUCCGCAAGCACGGCGGCCGUGGUGGUCGUGGUGGUCGCCGAGGAAAUGGCGGCAGAACUACAAACGGUUCGACGAACGGCUCGUCGAAUGGGAACUACAGCAGCGGCGGCGGAUCGGCCGGCAACGCUGGAGGCGGCAGCGCGGGAAAUGCGCAAGGUGCUCGCGGGAAUUAUCGCGGCAACAACGCCUCCGGUGGCCGAGGUAAGGGCCAGGACACCGGUCGGAACCGAAAAGGGCGCUGCCGCUACUGUCAUAAUUCGACAGAGCACGGGUGGCACAACUGCCCGCUCCGCCUGAGGCACGAGGCGGAGGAAGCCACUGAACAGGCUGAUACUCACCACACUCAAGACUCCACCACUCAGGCAUGGUUCACGCGGGUGGAGACUGAAGGCGAUGUGCUGGAGGACUACGCCAUCUCUUUCGGAAAAGACGUGCAGGUGCAGGAUGCGCCUGCUGCGGCGCAGCCAGAGGAGCGCGCUGCUGGUGACACGCUGGUGCAAGACGCGCCGGUGCCGACGCUGCAGGAUGCACGCGUUGUGUAUGACCCGCAGGUACUGGACACACCUGCUGCAGCGGUGGUCUAUGACCCUGCUGCCAACGGAUAUUCUCAGACGGAGGAGGCGCCUGAGGACACCGAGCUCGUUGCGUUCAGCAGCGUGUUUCAGGUGGACAAAGAGAAACCGCAGGUCGUUGAUGAUUCCGCCUGCUACAUUGAUUCCGCCGCGUCCAGCCACAUGGUGGAUGAGCAGUCUCGCUUGUCCCAUCACGUCCUCAAUCCGGUAGAUUGCGCUGUGCGCAUUAUCGGGUCGUGUGGCACAUCCGACGCAACCAAGAAAGGUACCCUGAAGUUUGGGGUGCGCAAUGAUCAAGACCAAGUCGUGCGAGUAGCUCUGGAGGUUCUGCUGGUUCGGGGCCUUGGAGCGAACAUACUUUCGGUUGGAGCGCUGGCCGAGAAGGGGGUGAUGUGUGAUCUGAUGUCUACCCCGCCGGCGCUUCGCAUGGGCAACCAGGUCUUUCCGAUCUCGACCGCAGUGCCUCGCAUGUACGUGCUGAAUGUCAUCAUCGACGACGUCAACCUGGGCGCUGUAGAAGUAAAUCGCACGAAGGUAGACGCUCACCUGUGGCACCGGAGGAUGGGCCACUGCAACUCGCGAGCGCUGCAGCAGCUGGCGGACAAGGACACUACCGGAAUCAGGUUCAAUCGCAACAUCGAACCAGGUGACUGCGGUGUUUGUGCGGUUGGUGACAGUAAGAAGGGCAGCCACCCCCCGUCUAACCGUCCCCUCUCGGAGACUCGGCUGGAAAUUCUAAAUGCCGAUACGUGGGGGAAACAUCCUAUUGCUACAUACGGGGGUUGCCAGAGUGCCGUGAUGUUUACUGAUGACGCUACUCGCAUGAGGUUCGGCUACCUACUCAAGACGAAAGACGAAACGGCCGAAGCUCUUCAAACUCUGGUUCGGGACGAGGCCGACCCGCUUGGUCAGAGCAUCGGCACGGUGCACUGCGACGGGGGAGCGGAGUAUUUGGGCAAGUUUCUGGCGCUAUGUAAGUCGCUCGGAAUCAAGCUCACGAAUAGCCCCCCCUAUGUCCCGCAAGGGAACCCCAUCGCCGAGCGUGGAUUUGGUACCAUCAUCGGCACUGCCCGCAAGCUUCUCUUGGGAGCACCGCACCUUCCUCAACAGCUGUGGGGGGAGGCUUUCAUGACUGCAAUCUACCUCAAGAAUCGGACCCCGACCGAAGUCCUGGGCGGCAAGGCACCACUCGAGGUAUGGGAGGGGAAGCCGCUCGGAAAGAUGCUUCACAUCCACGAGUGGGGGUCGCUGGCUUUUAAGCACGAAGAGGUACGCGCCCGGUCGAACAAGUUGGCGGCCAGGGCCAAGAAAAUGUACCUAGUAGGCUACAACUCCAAGGGUAGGUCGUAUCGACUUUGGGACCCUUCGGAGCCUCUCAAAAUCACCAACUCCGUGGAGGUAUCGUUCCGUGAGAAGAGGAUGCGCGACGUGAUCAAGCCCAAACUAGGGCAAGAUCCUCUCCCCGCGCCUAACUCAACAUUCUAUCGGCCUGGUCUGGUAGACUCUAUCGAAGAAGAAGAAGAAAAUAACGAAGAAUCAUCCGACGAAUCGGAGCCGGAAGCACCGGCACCUCGCCGCAGCAGCAGGAACUCCGUGGCGCCGCAACGGUUGAAUCUGUUUACGAAAGAACAGGCGUACGAGAGGACCGAACAUGCUAUGGUGACUGGAAGUGACUUCGGCAACCUCGGGAGAGGCAGUCCCGGGGAGGUGGGCUACAUGCCUGCCGAUCCUGCCACCUACGAUGAAGCGAUGAGUGGACCGGAUGCAGCACGCUGGAGAGCGAGCAUGAACGAUGAAGAGCAGUCGCUCUACGACCACGACGUGUUCGACUGGGUGCUUCCGCCCGAAGACGCCCAACUUCUUCCGACUAGGUUCCACUACAGGUGGAAGUACAACCAAGAACAUGUGCCAGUUCGCCCGAAGAGUCGCGUGGUGGUGCAAGGUUUUCACGAAGCUGACACGGGAGCGGAUAAGGCUGCACCGGUGGCGUCUAUGGAAUCUGUCCAUCUAGUGGUUUCCCACGCUGCUGGUUUUGGCCAAGCUCUCAGGCAGGCCGACAUGAAGACGGCUUUUCUCAACUCCAGGAUGUCCAAGAAAGACAAACCUAUCUACGUAAUACCUCCGAAGGGGUUCACGUGCUCGCAGGAGCAAACAAAGCUGGUCUGGCGACUUAAGGCGUGGCUGUACGGCCUACGCCUCUCUCCGAAAAGCUGGAAUGGGACGUUUCACCUGUUCCUGCUGGAGAUCGGGUUCGUCCCGAGCACCGCCGAUCCGUGUCUGUACACGUUGAACGGGGGAGAGGUCAUCCUGCUCGUCUACGUGGACGACAUCCUACUUACCGGAGCCAAGGAGGAGCUCGUGACGACCAUUAUCGAACAGAUGAAGGAGCGCUUUGAGACGGUGGACCUGGGAGAAGCAAAGUUUAUCCUGGGAAUGGCCAUCCAGCGCAACCUCGAAGCGGGCACCAUCCUACUGACGCAAGAAGCUUACACCAAGGCCGUGCUUGCUAAAUUCGGCAUGGCUGACGUGCGCGCGACGGCAACGCCGGCCGAGAAGGAGCCGGUUACGACCAAGGAAGAAAAUGCUCUGUCGCCGGAGCAAACUACCAUGUUCCGGUCGGCUACGGGUUCGGUCCUAUACAUCAGCAGGGGAUCGAGGCCAGACAUCUCUCACUCGGUGCUGGUACUCACGAAGAGCAUGGCUAAACCAGGACCGAAGGCGCUUGCCAAACUGAAACGACUCAUGCGCUACCUGAAGGGGACGACCUCUUUGGGCAUCACCUACCGCAAGGACGCGCAAGGCGGAGAUAAACUAACCGCUUACGUCGACUCUGACUUCGCAGGCGAUCUUGACGAUCGAAAAUCGACUACUGGGGUCGUUCUUACCCUCGCAGGUGGCCCGGUGGACACGACAAGUGUAAAGCAGACGGUCACUGCCACGUCGUCGGCUGAGGCAGAAUACGUCGCAAUGUCCAAGGCGUGCAAAAUGAUCCUACACUGGCGUCAUCUUCUCAAGACCAUCAAUCGAGAGCAGACGGAGGCUACGGUGUUGUUUGAGGAUAGCACUGCUGCCAUAUCGACUAGUGAAUCGAACAAAGUAACGCAGAAAACGAAGCACAUCGAUGUCAAGUAUCACCACGUAAGGUCGCUGAUCGUUAACAAGGUAGUGGAGGUAAAGAAAAUCGACACCAACCUCCAGAAGGCUGACAUGUUGACCAAGAACCUAGGAACGGUUAAGUUUCUCAACAACCGUCGCCAGCUUCUAGGAAUGUAGUCACCUCCCCUCUUCGUAAUCUUAAGGGUUGAAUGUUG